GUUCUCUGUUUACGUUUCGAAAAUUACGUAUUUAUAAACUUUAUUGUGCAUUGUUUUGGUGACAAUUCCCUCAUCAUCCUCAAGUGGUAUACCUUUACAAUUUGUUUUGACAAUACUGACUUUGAUUACAGUUUGUUUUCCGUUCUAUUGUUUCAAUUUUAGUGCUAGUUAGUGUAACCUUGUGGGCUGUUGAUUGACGUGAGUUUUUCGAUGGGAGUUAUUUUGGCGCUUAUGAUGUAAGCGGGCUGGAAGGCUCGGGUUUGAAUCCCGUGUUACACAGAUGGGACUAGAGAAUUGAGGACAACAUGCACACGUCGAUGAUGAUGGCUGUGAACUCUCCCCCACUACCGCACCGGGAUAUCUCAGCGGCACCGGGAGCUUACCGCCCGUUUAACGAAGAGUACGCCCCCGUACCGCACCGCGCUGACAGACCAGUUCCGAAAGAAUCCGAAACUGAACGUAAGAAAGAAAAGAAGUGGUCUAUCGGGAAACUAUUCAGAAGAAAAAAGAAAGAAGAUGACAGCGGUUCAUCCUCUGAAACCGAUGAUGGCAACACUCGUUCGCCAUCAAAGAAAAAAGUCAAGAAGAAGAAGAAAGCUCCCGCAGUUAAUAAUUUCGACCACAUUGUGGUACGCGAAUAUAGGGAUACGCGAAGGGCACAAAGUUUAGCCAAGCCAAAUAUUAGAGAAAUUACAGACGAUGGUGUCCUGUCAGAUCCAUCAGCCGGUUUCAUCAAUUAUAGAGCCAAGGUGCAUGAAAUGCAUGGAGCAUCAAAAGAAUCCCUCAGUUUAAGAGAUGAUAACUCUAGCAGAUUAGCUAAAGGUGGUUUAGAAACACCAUCAAGGAAAAAACGGAAGGGACGAUUGAAAGCUCGUGUCGAAGCAUUAAGAAACAGUAUGAAGGGAGAAUCGAGUAGCGAUGAAGAGUCGUUAAAGUCCUCGAACUCUUCGUCAAUGGUACGUUUUCGAAGUGAUGACUCGUUAAUGAGAUCACGUGAUGGUUCCUUAAGUAAAAGGUCAAGAAGUGCACGAACUGAAAGAUACAUCAAGAGAUUGUCUCGGGAUGAAGAAAACCAGCUAAAUAAGGAAGCUGAACUUUUACAGCAGGGCUACACAAAAGCCGAAGUAGAAAUGCUUACGAGGACCCCGACAAGUCAAAGUAGUGGCUACGGAACGUGCAAACGAGAGCAACCAAAUAUAAUUCAACAAGAGCAACUUUACACUAAUGAUUUAAACCGCCGCCCCAUGAAGUCUGAAUCAAUAUCAUCAUUCCCAUCAACCCAAAGUUACCCAUCAUCUAUUAAUUUUAAUGCAAAAGUUAACAAUGAGCACAUUAACUACUCCAUACAAUACCAAAACAGCAACGCUAAUAAAGAACCACUGUACGCUAAUAAUAACAGAGAAAGAAGUUUACCGUAUCAGUACGAGAACCCUGCGAGCGUAAUGUGCAUCAAAUUUCCCCUCGGAAAUGUUACUAACAUAAAAAGAGAAGAAAAAGCACCACCAGUACCACCUCCACGUGACAUGCACAGAAAGGUCGCCACCCCUAUUUCGAUGUACUACGAAAAUAACCCCGUAGUGGCCGACAGAAUGGGAAAUAGUCAAAAUUUCGUACAUGGUGUACCUAAUAACGAUUUCGAAAGAGUUAUGAGACGUAGCCAAGAAAGAUCCGUUAGUCACGGAGUAAAUGGUUUACGACGACCCAUAUCGAACUCCGAGGACCAUAUCGCAAUGCAAAACAACGAAUACUUACAAAACUUCCAAUAUAGAAACGAACAACCUCGGCGACCGGCCUCAGUGUCUGCUGAACCCAAUCAUUAUGUGCUUUAUGCCAAUACACCACCGUGGAGAAAGAAAUACGAACAGACAACUACAGUUAAGCCGGAACCUGUUCAAUUGAGACAGGAUCUUUUGUACUUUGCUGAUCAAAGCCCUAGGUCCCGAAGACCUAUAAGCAUUAAAACUAGUCAAAAUGGUUACGAUAACCAAUACCUAAGUGACUCACAAGCGUCUCUAAAUAUAACUGAUAAUGUGUACCGAAGACCAAGGAAUGCAUCCGAAUUUUGGAAAAGAUUAGAUGAUGCUGAAAAGCAAAAACGUAAACAAAAUAUAUUUUCAAAUAGCCGAAGCAAUAGCGACUAUUCCAGUUCAACACAAAUACAUAGGACUCCGACUUACUUGGAACAUAACAAACCAAAAGAAAAUGGCAUAACUAACAAUGACCUUCAAAAUAAAAACAAAACUAAUUUUGCUUCUAAGUCACUGGAUACCACGGAUGGAUCAAAAAUGUGGAAAGCUACAACAGAAUACAAGAGAUCGGUCACAGUUAAUCCAGCACCAAAAGUGACAUCACCGAUAUCUAAGACUCACACACGGCAUAAAUCUGAUACUUUUGUGCCAAGCACUUGUCAAAUGCCAUCUGACGAUGAAAAGAAUUCAGAAAGGCGGAAAUCUACUAACCUCGACGACGCUCUCAAUGAACUGGAAGCUAUUUACAAUAGCUUAGGGUUGGGUGACGAGGAUCUAUUAGACAGAGCCGAGCGCCGUGAACUAAUGACUCCUAAAUUCAACGAACAUUAUAAUGACUGGAACGGCAACGACGACGAUAUACAAUUAAGAAGCCAACCCACUACACCUUUGAGACGUAUUUCAAGGAGAUCGACAUUGCCAGACAAAUUGCAAGACGAUAUGGCAUUCCGAAGAAUGAACUCUUUGUCAAAAGAAAAGCCGGACUACAAAGAAGCACAAGCACAAAUAAGCUAUAUGUUAGCUUCCCCUGUAUACGUUCCAUACGCAUCAGAUGAUGAUGUUCAUUCUUCGCGAAAUGAGCCCGAUAUAAUUCAUGACGAUGUUGUGUACAGGAAUAUAAAACAAACAAAUAAUCGUCUCAAAACAAUUGAUCCUCAACCUCCGUUUGGAAUACCUGUCGGACCAGUUUCUCCUGCUCCCCAGAGUGACUACUUACACGCAACGCCAGAAAAUAAAGCACGUUCACGGUUUGUGAGUAGAAGAUCACCUGAUCUUGUAUCAGAUGAUCUAGCUUACAGAAGUCUAAGGAAAGAUAAUAGGCAUUCGUCACUGUUCAACGGAGAUGAAUACAACGGUCACAUUAAUAAUAAUUACAGUUACUCUGAAUUUCCUUUUACUAAAGACACUCCAUCCAAUAUAAAAAAGAAGAGAGCAGUAAGAUCAUUGUCAGCAAACAUAUUUACAAUGAUUCAGAAAGAGAUUGACGAUGCACUAAACAUGAGCAAAAUGGCGACCUUGCAAAAGACACACAGUAACAGUGAUGUCAUGAAACGCCUCCGUGAAACGUUUGAGAAAAAUGACAACGAUCAGGAACACUAUCCGCGUAACAAGGUAAAACAAAGACACAAUACUAUCAGUCUAUUUGUCAAUAACACCCACACGCCUGCCCACCAUUUUGCAAAAGACGAUUCAUUCAUUCACAAUGACGAUAAAUAUCUCGCUAAACCUCCAUCAUGUGAUAAGUCCAAAAGUUCAUCACCAUCAAACAGGUCACCACAAGCUUCUAAACGUUCUUCGAGAGAUGAAUUUCAACAGGUUCUUAGCAUGCUUGCUCAAGAAGCUAUGGAUACCAGCAAUAAACUAGGAGUAGCAUUAGCUGAAUUAGAUAAGAACAGAAACAACACAGACAAAAAAUCAGACAUUCAAAGCAGAAUAUCCGAUAGCAGACUAAAUUUUUUGAAUGGAUUGACUAGUAAACCUGUGGACAAUCUAAUGCCAAAAGUUAAACACGUGAAUGUUCACUCAGAAGUAAUAACUGAACCUGUAAAUAAACUAUCCAACAUUGUAAACGAGAGAGGAAAAGGCACUGAAGACAGUUUAUUAGCUAUAUCGGAUCAGUUAUCAAAAGUUGAAGAUCAACUGAAACACAGUUUCGAAAAAGAACUAAAUUUCAACGAUGAAAGCGUAAGGCUUUCUAGUUACAUAGCAAACGCUGAAGAUGAACUUAAGGCUAAGGAAACCACUGUAGCUUCUAUAGACAAUAAGGUAAUACCUAAUCUUGUAGCACUUAAUGCGCAAAACGCUGUUAAAACCGAAAAUAUAAAUAUAAACAGAGACGAACAUAACGAUGAACCUCAACUAGUGUUACCAAAGUAUAACUCUCUCAAUCCUUUCUUGAACUCAGAUGACAAAAUAAAAGAAAUCCACGAAAUCAACGCAUUCAAAGAACUGAAAGAUGGCAUUUCCGAACUAAUAGCUGGAAUAUCUCAAGUCAAUGAAAAAUUAUUUGUUCCUAAAGCCCCAAACCCUGAGACUGGAUGUGUAAGUCCAGGAAAAAUGACAGGUAUCACUGAAGCCACAGAAAAACUAAACCAAGUGACACAAAACGCCAGUACACAAGAAAUACCUUGUAGGGCUUCCGUAAAUCUAUCUAUCUACGAAGACGAUUUAGAAAUUAAGAAAGACGCAGCUGAUUCAACAGAAUAUAAUUCAUCAGAAGAGUUAGCGACGAUAUUUAAACUAGACGGUACUCGACUUCCUACUACGGCCGUUACAGACAACAAAAUCGAACCCGCGAACGUAGUUCGUAGCGACCUGAGUUCGCCAAAGCUUGUCCAAUCAAUGAAUCAGCAACUGAGACGAUUCUCAGUCGACCACACAGAUGAAUGUACUCCUAGUCAAAGCUCACUGCCAACUAAUGUAGUCCCGUGGAGGGCUAAACGGCAAAAUCAUAACUCACAAAAAGAAAGCAGAGACGAUAACACGCAGUUGAAGCGCGAAUGGCACGACACUGGCACGUUGAUGUUAGCUUGUUCGUACACCCUGAUGUUCUCUCGGCAUCUGGCCGACCUGGACUGGCUGACGUUGCUUGGAUUGCUUCUAGCAAUGGUCACCAUCAUCGCUAUGCUGAUUAUUUAACCUUAGAUGUUGUUUUAGUGCUUUUGAUUCACUUCGCCGCCGGUUUUGCUGAUGUACAAUAUUAUGGCGGAGAGGGUAUCAUUAACAAUAUUAUCAUCGUGGCAAAUGAUACUAUUACCUCUCUAUCAUCUCUCAAAGUUGACAAGAACGAAAUUUAAUUAAAUAUUACCACUGAGGUUCUGAUGGAACACGAUGAAAGAUAAGUUAUUAUAUCUGUGCUCAAACUAAAAGUAAUUGUGGUCGGCGACUAAGUGAAACAAAGAAAUACUUUGAGUAGUAUUUAAUUAGUUUGAUAAGUAUUCAUUUUCUGCACACAUAACAUAUAUAACAAAUCAUUGGAUUAAUAAAGUUAGGAACAAUUUAACCAGUCACCACUUCAACGUAAUUGACAUUAUAAAUUGGUUUAUUCAUAAAAAAAAUAUAUUGAACACUUCCUGUAUGAAUUAUUAGGUGGUCUUCGAAAAGGAAAUUUUAAGGCGAAUAGAAGCUCUAAUUUUAGUUCUGAUUAUCAUUUUUAACAAUUGUUUUAUUUGAACAUAAAGGGCGUCACCUGCGUGAAGCGGAAACUGUGGUUUUUCUUGUAAUAGAUAAACUAGGAUUUUCGACAAAUCAAGUCGACUUCAGGUUAACACUUACAAACGCGCGACAAUUGUUUUUAAGAGUUUUCAUUUACUUCGGUAGGUUAAGAUUUUAUUUAUCAUACAAUCUCUUCGCGUAUUAGUAUUUUUUACUUGUUUUGGUGGAAUAGGCGGCAAAUGCCAGUUCUUAGUUCUUAUAACAUUCACCUGCGUUCCAGUUUUACGCAGCAGACGCCUGUUUGUUGUGUAUUUAUUAUUUAUCGAAUAAAAAAAAAUUACGUGAUUGUAUGUACUUUUAACCUGCAUGAGUUCCAAAAUUAUUUAUGCAUGUAGUUAGUGCUUAGAACUUUUUAAUUUUUGUAAAGUAUUUAAAUAUGUUUAGUUAACUAUUGUGCAAUGAAUGAAAUUGUAUUUUCAAUUUAUUUUCCCAUAUUCAUUUGUCCGCAUAAAGUUAGCGUAUUAAAGGUACCAUUUAGAAAUAUUGUUUUAGUGGUAGGUAUUGUUUAUGUUAUAUUCGUCUCAGCAGAGUGGAAAACUUACUUUUGCAAAUCGAUGAAAUAAGUAUUUUGCCUAUAAUUUCCUUAUUUAUUACGUUCCUUGCUCAAUUUUAUAAAAGUACAUUUAAAAAUAUAUAAAUAAAAACAGUAAAUAUACCGCGGAAAGUUUCCUAACAAUGUUUUCUUUACAUAAUACCUUCUAAACGAUAUUCACAAAAUAUUUUGAAAAAUAGUAAUUUUGAUUAUUAAAUAUUUAAAGGCAGAGUACACCGAGGUUGUCGUUGGAAUAUUUAAAAAUAAAAAGUCUUUUUUUGUUCAAAAUACACAACAAUAAUAAACUAAUUGAUAGUUACACAUCAAAAACAUAAAGUAAAUAGAAUAUAAAAACUCCGGUAUUUCAGAGGGAUGUACUAUCCGCUUUCUUGCGUGCAGGUAUGUAUUACUUCCUUGAAGUGCAUACUUUGACUGCUCCGGUUUCUGUUAGUCAUAAGAACAAUUAAUGUACAUUUUUAAUUAAAAUUGAUAUUAGAAUAAAAUUGAAAGAAAAAUUGGUCUUAAUUCGGUUGCUCUCGUGCUCCCCAUAACAUUGUAUUAAAAACUUCCACGGUGUCUAAAUUAAACAACAAAAAUUUACACACUUGCAAGAAAAUUGUACAACGAACGAUAGGUAUAAAACAACAAAAUUAUGUUCAAAAUGCUUAUUAGCCCGUCACGCGUCUUAGAGACAUACGUGUCUCCAACUGCAGCUGCAGUUUCAACGUGCAGCUUUGUUUUCAUACACCAUUAAAAAAGAAUAUUAAAAUCAUCAGGGAUACCUCGUGUCUCUAAUACACAUGACGGGUUAACGAUACGGCAAUUUGGCUACAAUAUAUAAAAGUAUAGUCACGUGCAAAGAAAUAUGGAUAAAAAUAUUCAUAAGAAAUAUUCACUGAACUCAAAAUACUUUCAUAUUGUGCUGAAUAAAAAAUCCGUGUAGGCGCACGUUUAACGGGCAAAAUAACAGCAUUAACCAUUCAACAAACGUUCACGGAGAUUAUUUUAUUUCGCUUGAUGUAAUAUAAACCCAAACAACGGCACCUACUUAAUUUUAAUUUAUGUGCACGGUCAAGAACAACAAGCUUGAUACGUCAUUUGACACUAUGCUUCAUUUUUUAUUUUUAUGAUACUAAGCGAAGGGACGAGCAAGUCAUGCUCCAGGUAGUAAGCGACAUGCCUAUUCAUAAUGGUUGCAGUGCUACUCAG